AUGGUGGUGACACUCCAAACCGAACUAGAGUGCAAGGUAGCACCUUCAUCGACACACGCUACACAGAAACCAGGGUACACGUUCUGCUGCAGACCCGACAGCUCACGCAGGGACGCAACAUGCCUUGUGCGGACGGUGAAGUGUGCCGCCAUCAACAAGCAGAACGCCGCAAGCCUCCAUGGCCCCGUCUUCAAGGGAGGGUGUGGCGGGCGGCUCCACAGCAAUUGCGGCAGCAUGUUUGAGGACGACGAAAAGCACCUCAUCUGCAGCAAGUGCGUCGACAAGGCUGGCAAGCGCAAAGCGACACCAGCUGGGGCUGCUGGGGCGGGACCAUCCAUCUAA